AUGAGUACCCCUUUGAAGAGGAAGCCCCAAUCGCCAGCAUCUGGGUCCCCGGAUGUAGCCAAAGCAAAGACCUCAACUACCGGCGCUACAUCCCCUGGACCCGCAUCUCCCGGUGCGGCACCGCCUGAUCCGGCAUCUCCUACUGCGAGGACAAAGUCGCCGACACCUGCCGGUGAAUCUUCGGUGAUUGAGCCAACUGUGCCCCUCCCUGGCUCACACUGGCUUCAGCAAGGCCUUCCGGAGCAGGACGAUAAUGAUGCAGACUCAACCGUAGGAAGUGAUAUUGACAGUUCGACUGCUUCUAUUUCUUCGAGCAUCCUCAACUACCGUACCAUCAACGGCCGCACCUAUCACAGCGAUUCGGUAACCGACGGAGAGUAUUGGGCUCCUAACGACCCUAAGCAUAUCGAAGCUCUGGAUCUAUAUUAUCAUGCCGCCGAUAUGAUGCUUGGUGGAAAGUUGCAUCGGGCACCGCUCAUUGAGGGUAAACUCGAGAAUGCCAUCGAUAUCGGUACAGGCUCAGGACUGUGGGCAAUCGACUUUGCCGAUAAGUACGCCAAGUGUAUCGUGGUGGGAACGGAUAUUUCGCCUGUCCAACCUAGUUGGGUGCCGCCCAAUCUCCAGUUCUUGAUCGAUGAUGCUACUAAGGAAUGGACACACCGGGAAAACCAUUUUGAUUAUAUUCAUAUGCAAUUCCUCAACGGGGCCUUUGGAGACUUGAAGCGAGUCUAUGAUGAAGCGUUUCGGUGUUGCAAGCCUGGCGGCUGGUUCGAACAUGUCGAUUCGUCGGUCAUACUUGGGUGUGACGAUGGCACUCUCCAAGACCAUCACGCACUGGCGCAGUGGGGUAAAUUGUACAAUACGGCCGCCAAGAAGCUUGGGAGAAUUAUGACGACGGCUGAUGAUGGUUUGAUGGAGAAGACGAUGAGAGACGCCGGCUUUGUGAACAUCAAGGUCGUGGAUCUGAAGAUGCCAUUUUCCCCUUGGCCACAAGACCCGAAGGGAAAGGAGAUUGGUCUCUAUUGCUCCGUGACAGUCUCUUCGGACGUUGAAGGUCUUAUCCAGUACAUGUUUGGAAAUGUGUUGGGGUGGUCGCAAGAGCAGAUAACUGUGUAUGCUGCUCACGUACGCCGUGAGCUGAAAGAUACGAGGAUACACGGAUAUGUAAAGUGGCAGGUGGUGUACGGUCAAAAGCCGGAAUAG